GUCAAGGGUUGAGGCUCGCCGCGCUGCGACAAGCGGACGUACGGCCUUUGGCCUCGGUUGAUGACCACAACCCCACACUCGAUGAUCGCUGGGCCCGCUGCUGCUGUCUGCGGGCUGAUGCUGCCGCUCCCCUUGUCGUCACUCCUCUGCUCUUGGGAUGCUGCUGCCGCUCUUUCCAUCGCUUGCGUCUCUUGCAGCUUCCCACUCGAAAGCAGCUCUACAGUUCGAGUGCCGCUUUGCAACCCAACGCAACUCGAUUGUGUUGACGUAGCUUGCCGCCGUCUAAUCCGGCCACUCCCAGCUGUCGCGGCUGCCUGGCCUUGCCCUCUGCCAUUGGGGUAUAUAGCUGCGCUCCAGGUCUUGGCUGUUCGCAGCGACGUCUUGAUUCCCUCUUCCCCACACUCAUCCGCGUCUCCUCUUUCUCACCACCAAUCCCCUCCUCUUUCUAGUCGCAAUGUCUGAGAUCAAGAACGUCGAGAACGGAAACGGCGGAUACCAGGGUGGUGCGCCCACCAACCGCGCUGUGACUCCUGGAGGUCAUCCCCUCGACUCGACGCAGCCGGCCUUCCCCGUCUACCACCGAAAGUUCGCCAACCCCGCCCCGCUGGGUCUCAUGGCCUUCGCUGCCACCACGUUCGUCCUCUCCAUGUACAACGUUCAGGCCCGUGGCGUCUCCGCACCCAACGUCGUCACCGGUCUCGCUGUUGGAUACGGUGGAACCGCUCAAUUCAUUGCCGGCGUGUGGGAGUUCGCAAGCGGUAACACCUUUGGUGCGACCGCCUUCUGCUCCUACGGCGCCUUCUGGUGGUCAUUCGCCGCCAUCCUCAUCCCGUGGUUCGGCAUCGAGACGGCUGUCCCCGAGGGUGAGCUCAACAGCGCUCUGGGUAUUUACCUGAGCGCCUGGUUCAUCUUCACCUUCAUCAUGUUCGUCGCCUCCUUCCGCUCCUCGGUCGGCCUGGUCCUCCUCUUCGGUCUUCUGGACAUCACCUUCCUGCUGCUCUUCAUCGGAUACUUUGUCGGAAACGAGUCUCGCGCUACGAUGGUCACCAAGGCCGGCGGAGGCUUCGGUAUCGCCACGGCAGCCGUUGCGUGGUAUGUAGGCGCUGCUGGCCUCCUCACGCCCGACACGAGCUACUUCACCCUUCCCGUCAUCGAGCUCUCGAGGCGCGACUAAGCGGAUUGCUACCCAGGAUGGCAUGCCCCACAUUCUCGCUGCCACGAAGCAAGAAGCAGGGAGGCACACGGCCCUCAUCGCUCGACGCACCCCUGCUUGCCCUCCCUUUGUACCAGUCAUGUACACGAGUACCCCACAUUCCCUUCUCAGAUUCUUUCUAUCUUCUUAACCUCUAUUUUCAACCAAAGCUUAUGCUCCUUCUUCUCUGAAGCCAGAUUUGACGCAUUGAAAAUCCAUUCUCUGUCUAGC